AUGAAACCUGGUCCCCUUGACAUGGGCUAUGCCCGACCCCUGGAGUUUACUCUAUCAGUGGUUGUGAGGACCAGUCCUAGUUCUCUUGACUUCCAGUUUGCUGCUGAUACCCUGGUUUCGCAAUGGCCCGUACUAAAUUUACGGAUGAACCCAUUGAAAACCAAAUUCAUAGACCCGAAAGACCCAGGAGAUUUAACAGAUGUCUGGGAAGGAAGGGAACUUCCACAAGACCUCAACGAAAUACUCCGCAUUUCUCCCAAAGCGGAUUUCGCUCAAUUGAUUGACUCUGAGGCACUUGAUAAUGCAUUGGAUUUCGGUUACGGGAUCCUGCACGCAUGGAAUCAACGAGUUUUCUCUAUUCGAACCGUAUUCUUGAACGACGCCUGUUUAAUCGGGUUCAAAUUUCUGCAGCCACUUUGCGAUGCAAAUGGCGCCCAUCAAAUAAUCCAGGCUUAUUGCACUAUUCUCAGGGGAGAAAGGAUUACCCAUACGCUCCAUGCUCGGCCAUCGCUGUCAUUAAAAUCUGGAGUACUCGAAAAAUGUGCGGAAAUGAUCGAGUCGCACCAUAUUGCAGACUUGCAUCGACACUCCAUGCAUCGAACCUGGGCAUCGGGAAUCAGAGCCUUCGGGAAGCAGAUUGGGAGAAAUAUCUGCUAUCCCUCUGCUAGGCGGGUUAGCAAGUCUUUGCUGGUGCCCCGAGGACAAGUUUUGAGAUGGCUGAAGGAGGCUGAAACCCAGCAGGCCAAAGUAACCGAACACGAUCUCUUGGUAGCGUUUAUCUACAAGGCUUCUUUGCACCCGCCUACCAAACACAGGUUCGGAUUGGCGAUUGAUAUCUCACAGCAGCUUCAAUCUGAGGCGAACCUCUAUAAUCCUUGGUAUAUGAUGCCCCUUCCUGAUCCGAUGCCUUCCAGCGAAUAUAGCUCUCCCUCUUUGAUCCGAAUGGCAGUGCAUAUCAGACACACAAUUCACGAAGCCCAGCAACCUGAAUGUAUCGGCGAGGUUGUUGAACAACACAGGAACACUAGGAAGAGCCCUAUGAUUCCGAAGACAUAUGGCAGCCGAGCUGCUCAACCGCGGAUCGCAACCUGGAAAAACUUGCCUCUUUUUGAUAUCAAUAUUCAAGGACAGAAUCCUCUCUUUGUUCAAGGUAGUGUUGAUUACUGCGGAAUUUUGCGCGAAGCCAAGACACACCUCGAUGACUUGCUGGUGACUUGGAAAGCACAGGACCAAGAAGGAGAUGACGGCGGUUAUUGGAUCCACGGUCGAUUACCGGAAGCUGUGUGGAGGCGCAUGGCUGAUACUUUGAAUUGCUGA